AUGGGCAACAUCUCCUCCAACAUCGCGGCCUUCCAGUCCUUGCACAUCGUCAUGCUGGGCUUGGACUCGGCCGGCAAGACCACGGUGCUCUACCGGCUCAAGUUCAACGAGUUCGUGAACACGGUGCCCACCAUCGGCUUCAACACCGAGAAGAUCAAGCUGAGCAACGGCACGGCCAAGGGCAUCAGCUGCCACUUCUGGGAUGUGGGCGGCCAGGAGAAGCUGCGGCCGCUCUGGAAGUCCUACAGCCGCUGCACCGACGGCAUCAUCUACGUGGUGGACUCGGUGGACGUGGACCGGCUGGAGGAGGCCAAGACGGAGCUGCACAAGGUGACCAAGUUCGCCGAGAACCAGGGCACGCCGUUGCUGGUCAUCGCCAACAAGCAGGACCUGCCCAAGUCGCUGCCGGUGGCGGAGAUCGAGAAGCAGCUGGCGCUGCAGGAGCUCAUCCCGGCCACCACCUACCACGUCCAGCCGGCAUGCGCCAUCAUUGGCGAGGGCCUCACCGAGGGCAUGGACAAACUCUACGAGAUGAUCCUGAAGCGCAGGAAGUCCCUGAAGCAGAAGAAGAAGCGGUAAGGCGCCCGCCGCGGCGCCCGGGGAGCGAGUGAGGCGGGAAUGAAUGAAUGGAUGCGGUGGGUGGAGUGGGGGGGCGGCGAGAACCCGCGAACAAAGACAGCGAACCAAAGCGAUGCUACCAGUCAGGCAGGCGGAACCUCCGCGCCCAGAUGCGGGGCUGGUGACUCCGACCCGGGCGUGAAGGCUGACAAGGCUGGCCAGCCGCACUCCUAGCUCAGGGGACCUUUUGUCUGGACGCCAGAGCUUCAGAGGGGGGGAGGGGACGGUGAAGAGGCACCCCCUGCCGCAGCGAUGGCAGGGACCCCCGCCGGAGUUGGUCUUUGCGGCCCCAGCUGGGAGACUCAGGUGCCAGAGACAAAAGGGAUUUCCGCCCACCCCAGCAGGGGCGAAGUUCAGGCUACCCCGCUCCCGCCCCCACCCACGGGGCAAAGCACCUGUGCUUCACCUGGAGCCCUGCGGGCGCCCUUCUGGGGUGCAGUGGGGUGCUGGGUGCCGCAGCGCCUUGCAUUCGCGGGAUGUGGGUAGUUGUAUGUCCCAGGGCAGGCCCCUGUGGAAAUUCCGUUGGUCCUGCACUGGGCACCCUCCCCCCUCCCGGGGGAGGUGGAGGUUUGGGCCAUCAGGACAGAGCUGGCACUGCGCCCCAGCCGGGCUUUGCCUCUGCCGCGGCGCUGUUGGCUCGGCUAGGGAAGGGCGGAACGGCCGCUGCAAUGUGCUUUCCUGGUGCUCUGCGGUGGCUGCAGAAUACGAGUUUGAAGAGAACUGAUCUUCCAGCCUGGAGUCAGACAUCUUCCCGCUGGCUGGGACCCUGCCCAUGUGUGUGGAGAUCGCAGCACACAAAGAGCCAAUGCCAACCGACAUCGGCAACAACCAGAAGCCCUUUGGAGGUGGUGGCAUAGCUGCUUUUAUUGUACUGUUUGCCGGGUGGGAGGCGGCAUGAGGGGGGUGUGGACCCAGGGACCCUCCCUCCCCUGCUGGGUGGUGGACAAAAAGACCCAGACCCCUAGGUGUGGGGUUUUAGAUGGUCUUCACCUCCUGAUUGGUUUGGGCUGAGCAAGCUAGCUGCAGAGGUGUGCUGAAUAAACCCAAAAUGAUUUUGUAAGGGAGGUCUCUUGUCACCGUCACCGCAUGAGGCUGGGUGUGCAGAUGAGUUCAGAAGAAAAAGGGGGGCAGGCAAAGAAAACCACCCCGACUUUUACAAAUGGCUAUUCACCUUAGAAGUACUGACCUUAGGGGGCAGCGGUGGGGUGGGGGGAGGUUUUGCUCUGCCCAUAACCCUGCCAGAGACAGCCUGUUGGGCUUUCUAAUCUAGUCCCUUGUGGCCUAUCUGGGUUUAAGUGUUUCCUUCAAAAUGUCUCCAGUGUUUUGAUGUCAUGCGCCAAAAUAAAGAACGAAAAAUCCAUCUUAUCGCCAAAGGCGACCUGGUUGCAUGGGUUGAAAAGCAGAGAGAGGAAUGAGCACAAGGUGAAGGGGGCUUGUCUCCGACCCAUUCCUGGGGGACCUGGCCCCGUCUGCGUAGCCCCCAGCUCCCACCCCCUCCCAUACGGACAGCGCCUCCCCACCAGAGAUCAAAGAAAGCCUGUGACGUCACGUCCCCGGACUCAGGCACUUGCCGGUUUACUUGACAGGGCUGCGGAAAACAGAUCGAGGGAGAGAAGGAUAAAUGCAUAUUUUUAAUAGUGUCGUUUAGAAGAAAUCCUUUAUAAUCAGGACGGAGCCUUGGUUUGCAUUUGCCCUGAAACAGAGAAUGAAAAGGGAAAUUUAAGCUUAUGAUUUGAUUUUUUGUUUUUAUUUCCUCGGUGAGUCCGUGCUUACUGGCAGGCGUGUGGCCCCCUCCCCACUCACACUCCAUACCCUCACCUCCACAUACCCUGGUAAGUAAGGCGGUUUUUUUAUGAAGGAAGCCCGAGGAAAUUGGACAGGACCAUGCCGGAGCAUGUGACUUCGCUCAAUUACAAACCCAGACCUAUUGUCCAUUGCACUCGGCAAGUUCUUUGAAGCGCCUGAGAAGUUCUCGCUUCCUGCCUGACACCCAAUUCUCCCACGCACCGUUUUCACAGAAGAACCUUGGCCACCCAUUUUCCCUUCCCCUUUUGUCAGUCCAUCGGGGUACCCCCUCCGACUCUGGUCCUUCUUGUCCAGACUCCGUGGAGAAGAUCCAGCAAAGCCUGCAAGAUUUCCGUUUGCAGAUAAAUCGGCAGACGGACUGUAUCUCUGAAUGGGCUGGCCCCAUUGUCCGAGGAUUCUGGGUAGGAUUAGGAAACCGAACAGAACAAGUAGCCAACCAACAAAAAGCACCCAUCUUCCCUUUCUCUCCUUCACCUGCCACGAUUUCUUAAGCACUUUGCCAUUUGGGGGAGUUCCGCGUUCUUGAGAGAAGAGUCUAUUUAUUUUGUGAGAUUGCAGAUGCCAAAUACAGUCACCUUCUCAUGCGGACAGGACCUGGGAUCCAGCCCGCUCUUCAGACCCCGUCAGGCUUUUUUUUCUCUCCCUACCCCCUCCAAAUCCCAGAAGGGGUUUUGUGUUUUGCAUCAUCAAUGCUAAAGGGUGCGGUCAGCCGUUAGUAAUUGUGCCGUAAAGUAAGAGCCCUGUGAUGUAUCAACAAAUAGUCCCCAGUCAGUCUCAGUUGAUUUCUGUAAUGUUCAACCUAACAGUGGCCAUCCCGUCUCCCACUCAACAAGACACACAGAGAGUGCCACCUUGGCGGGGGUCACCCUGGGAGGAAAUCCCCUCUCCCCCUCUUUGAACGUGGGUGGGUUGCCUAUAGAGAGAGAGCUGUGCCCCCUCCCCUCCCUCCGGAGCACACACCCAGGGAGCUUGGGAACUGUUCCUUAGUCCACAGUGGGAGACCAGCUUUAGUUUCAGAACAUAAUUCUCUAACUCUCUGUCACCAUGUUGGGACUUGGUCUCCUCCGGUCCCCGUUUCUGUUUUCUCCUGUGACCCUCUGUCCUGUUUAUUCUCUUCCUCUGGUUCUCGUUCCCUUUUAUAAUGCAUACAUGAUGCUGUGAACAGAAAUAAAUUAUUUAUACAAUCAAA